UCUUGCUUGGCCCUCCAUCAAUGUCCACCGCUCUCUCAAAUAUCAUACAAGAACAUGAGGGGGGGAAAUGGAGGUAAUGGCCAUUUGCUCCUUCAAUAUAAUCAGAAGGCUUUCAUAAAACAUGACAAUGAUCAUAAAAACUUCUUUGGCAGCUUUCAUGGCUGCUAUACUAACUGUAUAGACACAAAUAUAAACGAUGAAGAAGAUCAGAAUUCUUUUGGUUAUGAUGGUCGUCAUGAAACCAAUGGUCAUGCAAUAGAGGAUGAUGAUUGCAACGACUACCAACCCUUUGAUCAUGAUGAGAGAACCCUCUAUUGGGAAUCACAAGAAGCUUUGCUCCAGCUGAAGAAAGUUCAACAUUUACAGGAGAUUUUGGAACAAUACAGUUCGAGCGGUUCCAAGUCCAGGGAAGAACUUAGCAGCCUCAUACAGUUAGCCAGAAAUACUAAAUUAUGCGAAUGUCUUGGCCUAGAUGUAGAUGAUUGCUCCAAGUGCUCAAGGAGAGCAAUUGUGAAUUUUCUGCGCGGGAAAGGAAUUAAUGCCAGCAUAUGUACCUCCAUGUGGAAGAAAACACAUUCUAUACCAGGAGGGAGACAUGAGUACAUUGAUGUAAUUGCAAGUGCUCAAGGAAAGAAGAGGAAAAUCAGGUUUUUGAUAGAAAUUGAAUUUCGGGAUGAAUUCAAAAUGGCAAACGCUUGUGAAGACUAUAACAAAUUGAUAGAGCAACUCCCAGAGACCUAUAUUGGCAAGCCUGAACAUUUAAAUGCUAUUGUUCGUGUAAUGUGUGAUGCAGCCAAAAGGUCUACAGCAGAAAGAAACAUUCAUUUAGGUCCAUGGAGAAAGAUGAGCUUCAUGCAGAUGAAAUGGUCAGCUUCAAACCAAAGUAGGCAUGAGCAUCAAUCUUCUUCUUCAGCUAAUAAACUCGGUUGAAGCAGAAAUAUACAGAUGGAGUUCGACCCUAUUCUAUUGCCGGCUACUACUAGCGUUGUGAGAGUGUCCUCUAUACCAGCCAAAAGUUUUGGAGAUCCUAGAGAAAGUUUUGUACUUUCAGCAAUUCUGUACUUUUACAGAUCUUAGUUUGAGUUUUGUCAGAGAACGUAUACCUUGAACUGAGUAUUUAUGGAGGGAGAGAGAGAGAGAGGUGCAAGUGAGGGUUCUUGCUGAUUCAUUUUUGUUACAAAUAAGAAAUGACAUAUUCAGAAUAUACGUAUUUAAACAAAUUUUACUGUUGCCUAGCGCUCAAGCGCUCGCAAGUCUCGGUCAAGUGCC